UUUGACCAUGGCUGAUUUGAAUCAUUUGACGGAGGGUUGGUUGGAGGUCGAGUCGGAUCCGGGGUUGUUUACUUUACUCUUAACGGAGGGCAUGGGCGUGCCCAACGUUCAAGUAGAAGAGGUGUACGAUCUGUAUUCGGAUGACAAAUUAGUUCCCGAAGGACAGGAUACUUUGGGUUUCAUUUUUCUCUUCAAAUGGAUUGAAGAGCGGAGGUCCCGGAGAAAACUCAUCGACGAUGAGGAACACCUCUAUGUUAAGGACGAGGAUAAGAUGAAUCGGAUCUUCUUUGCCCAUCAAAUUGUUCCCAAUAGUUGCGCCACACACGCCCUGGUCUCGAUUUUGCUCAACUGUCCGGAUUUGAACCUGGGUCCAACCUUGGAGAACCUUAAAACUCAUGUGUCCGACAUGAGUCCGGAGAACAAAGGCUUGGCCAUUGGUAACUGUCCGGAAUUGGCUCAGGCCCAUAACGCCCAUGCCGUGCCUUUAGGGCGGAGAAAGCAAGAGAAAUCCAUUCUACCCACUACGGGCAGUCGUUACACGGCCGAGACAUUCCAUUUUGUGAGUUAUGUGCCCAUUAACGGCCAUCUGUUUGAACUGGACGGGCUCAAACGAUAUCCCAUCGAUCACGGACCCUGGGGCGAGAACGAAGAUUGGACGGACAAGUUUCGGCGGGUCAUUGCCGAUCGCUUGGGCUUGAACACGGGGAACGAGCAUGAUAUUCGAUUCGCUCUUAUGGCCAUGGUGCCAGAUCGGAGGCUGGCCGUGGCUAAGAAGCUCCAAAUGCUCAAGAUCAACCGGUCGAUCGUCAUUGCAGCCUUGAAACAAUUGGUGGCUUUGGAGGAAAGGGAAAGAUUGCCUCCUGUUGAGUCGAAAGAGGAUGAUUGGGUUAAUGGCAAUGAGGACGGAACCUCGGCCGAGUAUCUCCAACUAGAGAAGGAUGUCAAUCGAGUCAUGUCCAAUCCCAAAUUGAAAUCGGAUGAGAAUGCACCUUGUAAGCGGGUGUUGAAGCGAUUUUCAAGUCGCACCAGCUCGUUCGAUAGCACGUGUGCUCCUGGCUCACCGUUUCAAAACAACCCGUUGCUCGUGUCCCAUGAUUAUGCCAAAUCGCCGUUAGUGGAGGACUCCAAUUCCUCCAUGCCCUCCGACCAUGCUCCGUUUCCAGCCAAGGACGAUUUAGUGAAGAUUGACGAAGAGCUCGAUGCCAAGGAGGAGAAACAGCCGCAAGACGCGGAGAAGGGUAGCAAUGUGAACGAUUUUGAUCCUGUGACUUGUGAGCUCAGUGAACCCCACCAAUUCGCCCCCAAGGACCUUCUCGCUCUCUUGCGAAAUAUCGACGUGGAAGUCCAUAAUUGCGAGAGCUUCAUCCGGGAUGAAAACGAAAAGAGGCGGAAGCACAUGGUGGACGAUUGCCGUCGGAUCCAUAAUUAUGAUGAGUUUAUCACCACGUUUAUCUCCAUGCUGGGAGAACAGGGCCUCUUGGGUGACCUUUUGGAGCAUGGCCUGAAUCCCAAGAAGAAGACCGUUCUCACGAAUGGAACCGAAAAUGGUAAACCAGGUGGGGGUCAAUCCGGGGGGUCGUUGGUUAAGAAAGUAUCGUCCAGUAAAUUAAAGCGAGCCAAACCCAAGGCUGGACGACCGAAGCGAAGAAAGUGAACGAUGGGCAUAUUUUCUGUGUACCUAAAAGGUAAUGGUUUCCAUCAGGUUGGCAUCUGCUGAUGCCAGAAGUAAUUACUGAUAACUAAUCCGGUAAAUAUACAACAUAUACAUAGGUG